AUGACCUUACGCACUUCUACACGAUCUAUACCACAGGCUCUAACCACUGCCUCUAUUACCCAGGAAGAACCAACAUGUUUUAGUCAGGCCAAUAAAUUACCUGAGUGGCGUGCUGCUAUGGCAGAAGAGUUUAAUGCUCUACUGCGUAAUGGGACUUGGUCCCUAGUUCCAAGAGAUCCUGCUAUGAAUUUGAUUGGGUGUAAAUGGGUUUAUCGAAUUAAACGCAAGGCUGAUGGGUCUUUGGAGCGCUACAAGGCGCGCCUUGUCGCAAAAGGCUUUCACCAACAGGAAGGCCUGAAUUAUUUGGAGACAUUUAGCCCAGUUGUGAAACCAACCACAAUUCGGACUAUUCUGGCCGUUGCAGUGGCCCAUGACUGA